GUAGCAACAUUGCAACCGACUGUCUCCGCCUCGCUCGCUCAGCUCGAUCAGCUGAUCGCCGUUCGCCCCAACUACCCCCCCCGCCCCGCGGAGUGUUCACUUCGACUGCCACGACAUCGCUGCGUGUGCCACACGGGCUCGGUGCUUUCCGCCGUGUGCAUUCUCACGACACCGCCGCAUAAAUUCACGCUUGGUCCUUCCUCGAUCGCGCACGUGCCCGUUCUCGCUCACCCGUCCUUAUCGUCGUCGUCGUCGUCGGCUCGAGAGCGACUACCGGCGAUUCUUUACACGUGUAACGUGUCUCUGCGACAGGGGGCCGUAGCAGCCGGAUUCCAACGUAAACAACGCGACGAGCCAUGGAAACUGCCAGCGUUUCGCGGCCGUUGCACGUACUACUCACAGGCCCUCCGGGUAUAGGCAAGACUACGGUGUGCAAAAAGGUCGCGUCCAUGUUGGAGAAGAAGGGCGGCCGACUCGACGGAUUUUACACAGAGGAGGUACGAGAUCGGAGUGGCAGCAGGAUUGGUUUUGACAUUGUCAGGGUGACAGAUCCUGAAAGGAGAUUAUCCUUAGCACGGCUCAAAGGCUUAACAGAGGCUCAGAAGAACUCCAAGUAUCACGUAGGAAACUAUAGCGUUUCUCUGGAUAAUUUCGAGACAGUAGCAUUGCCAGCGUUGGACUCGGACGCUGAUAUAUUGUUAAUCGACGAGAUCGGCAAGAUGGAGUUAUUCAGCAAAGACUUUAAAAGGAGAGUAAUCGAUAUAUUUUUCGGCACCUUCGGUAAAGCCUCCGUGAUCGGCACUGUUCCGCAGACGCACAAAGUGCCGCCGCAGCACGCAACGCUGUUCCAAAAGUUGCACGCAGAUGGGAGAAUCAAAGUCCUAGGCGUAUCCCAUCAGAAUCGUAAUAACUUGCCGGAGGAAAUUGUCCGUAAUUUUUCGUAAAGUCACGUCGUCGUUCACACACAGCAUUACGUGUAAUUUAUCGUGUUGUCGUUUUGUACAUAGCACAAAAUAACAUGCCAAUUUUAUAUACAUUAUAAACAUCAUUUAUUGUUAACAAAAAACAAAAUGUUAGAUCAAAGAAAUCCCUCCAAUCACAAUAGAUUUAUAAAAAAGUUGUCACAAAUAACAAGUAGUGACUGGCUGGAAUAUUGUACUACAUAAUUAUGCUAGGUUUCAUAUGCGGUGUAUAUAUGUAUCUCCGUGUUUUCAUUGAAACCACCGUUGGUCGUUAAAGAAUUAAGAGUGCCGCGAUUUGAUUCCCUUUCAGCGACUCGCGCUGAAAAGUAAUAGACUAUAUAGGCUACUUUUAAU